GAUGUAUAUACCUUUUUAUGUUGUUCUUAGUAGUCUGCGAUCACUCAGUAGUUGUCAGGCUUAUCUCACAGAUGUUGGUUUUGUAGUGGGAAAGCUCACACAGACAACAUGACACAACAGGCGAACAGUCGCUCAGAAUCGCCAUGGGACCGAAGCUCAGAUUCGAAAGACUUGAACUCGCUAAUAACCGACAAUGCUUCUCAGUUUUUCUCAAGUCCACCUCUUUCAACAUCGAUUCAUGGAAGACUAUCGAUCGGAACAGCCGGAUAUCUAACAGUGCCAAAGUCAGAAGAAAACAGUCCAGUUGUGCGCUACAAACGAAACACUCAAAAUGUAUCAAUAAGCACUUCAAACUUGUUAAAUGACGACCAGGACUCGCAUUUAAAAUCUGCAGCUUCAGUUCCAGAUUUUUCAAGUUGUUCUCCGAACAAUUCGUCUUACGUGGAGGAGUUUGAUCCGUUGGUUCCGCAACGAGCAGAUUCAUUGGAAGAACUUUUUAAAGCGUUCAACCAGAUUGCAGAGGAGAAACUACCACCUGAAUUGCCUCCAAGGAUUAAAAAGUCGCCUUCAAAAAAUCAACCAGGACCUCCUUUACCGCCAAAACCGCCCAAUGAUGUCAUUGAGAGAGCAUUUUCAACAGUAGAACCACCUCAUUUAAGUGUCCGACCAUCGUCUUCAGAUUCACUGAGGAGCUCUUUAGCACCUCCGCUUCCCAGAAGAAAAGCUAACUCUGAAGUAUGUCAGUCGACUGAUGAAAACUUGGCCGCCCCGGACGUUGGUGUUGUCUGUUUGCAGCCUAUCGAGAAACUUAGAAGCUGUAUUGACAAAGUGAAAUUUAGAACAGAAAGUUACGCUUUUUCGCAAUCAAAUUGCGUAGCAGAUGGAUUCGUAUUAUCAACAGGCGGAAACAAUUUGACUUCCAAUAAACUGGAAUCCUUGAUUAAAGUCAGAUUCUUCAUAAAUGAUGACGAGCGCAGCUCUAAGGAACCUUAUUUGGAGUACAGAAACUGUAAGUUAAAACGAACUGCAAACGAUAUUUUGGAGUUCUGGAAGUCUAACUUCAGUGAUCUGGGACCUGGUCAUUAUUAUGUCAGGUUCUGUGGCUGUCAGAUAUACAUGCAACCUGACUCGGUGAUCGGAUCCCACCUCAUUGUUCGAAAGUUGUUCGCGCUGAGGCGACCGUUGGAUGUUUGCAUCAAAAAAGUAGACGAUGAUAUUAGAUCAGGAAAGGCAGAGAAGCGACGCCAAAGGUCUGAAACAUCGGAUUUGUACGCUUCUGAAGCAGUUACUUGGCCUUUGGCUUCUCAUUUGGAGCAUUUAGUCCAAAUAAUUGUCGAAGCAAAUCUGGCAGUUGAAGGCGACCAAGAAGUCGGUCGUAAAAACUCAGUUUCAAAUCGAAACCUCAUGAGAUUCAUUCAAAGUGCGAAGUUGCUGAGCAGUUUUCUGAACAUUCACUACUCUCCAUUAUCAGACGCAUAUGAUCUUCUGGAAAAUAGCAGUUCGACCGAUUAUAACAAGAAAAGAGAGUUAGUUAUGUCGGAAGCGCUAGAUUUUGGAAAGUAUUUAAUUUCAUCAUUUCAGUACCUCAAAUAUUGCAAAGAAGUUACAAAGUUGCCGCUAACAGCAGCCUCGAAUUUACAAAACUUUGGAGUGAAAAUAUUCUCGAUUAGCAAUAUAGGAUCUCUGGCUGUACGAGAAGCUUUGACUAAGAUCUUCAUUGAUGUGUGCAUGUAUUAUAAUGGUCGCGUAAUUUUCAAAUCCUCGUUUCGGGAUUUCUGGCACAACGUCCGCUCGAAAGCUACUAUUGAGAUCAAUCAAACAUUGACAUUUUCGGACCCUCUCGACUGUGGAGUUGUAAGAAUAUGUGACCUUCCACGUGAGUUAGUUCUGUCAGUAUCUCUGUGCUACAUAUCUGAAACUACUUUAGCUGAAGUUAAACUGGCGUCGGUGGCCUAUCCGGUUUUCGACUGCAAUGGAAUUUUCAACGACGCUCAAGUGUUCCUUCCGUUUUGGGUCAAACCCAAUUUACCUCAUCCUGACUACACACAUCUUAGCUCGCCGACUUUAAACACAGCAUCAAAUACAUCUCCUAUCUUGCACAUGGAAAUUGUCAAUCCGUCCAAGGAAUCAUUAGUUUUCUCAAUAACUCAAGUAGAAAAUGGCGCAGACCACACUUUGAAACGAACUAUUCCAGAAAGUCCUCUGAGAAGUAGUAGACUGAAACGGAUAGACAGAAUCUUUCAGUAUAAACAUGAGAACAUGUUGCUUAGGAAUCCAGAGAUCCCUUUGCCGAAUGAUGAGCGAGGCGACAUGAUUCGCGACGACUGUGAACUCAUAUGGCAAUACAGACGAAAUCUUCUUACUGACGAAUGUUAUGGCUCAAACUAUUUGCCAGAUGUGUUGUUUUCCAAUAUCUGGUCGUGGAACUAUGCUCAAACUCGUCACAUUAAUGAAUUGAUUUCGCUAUGUUGUGGUCAGAUGGAUCGCUUUUCUGCGUUUGUGAUUCUUCUCUACAGAUUCUCAGAUUCGGCAUUACGUCAGUUUGCGGUCGAAAAUCUCGACUUCACCAAUGACGAAUUGAUAGUUUUAGUUCCAGUUCUGUGCGAGUGUCUUAAGUACGAAAUUUACAUCGCGAACCCAUUGAUUGAGUUUUUGUUGCAAAAAUGUGCGGAAUCGCUUCUGUUCGGAAUUUCGCUCUUCAGAAACUUCAUUCUCUGCACUUCGUUGCCUCAAUAUAAGCAGAUGUUUGAGGUUUACAAAGCCUCAAUUUCUGAUAUAUGUCCCAGUAAUGUUGUUCAAGGCUUCGAAGCACAGGAGAGGCUCGCACGUGAACUUGAAAAAUUCUACACCGAAUUAAAUGUAGAAAAAGAAACCAUAGUUUUAAAAGCGUUUUUGGCCGAUCUAAAUGAGAGUCUUUUCCAAAAUGAACAGCAAGAAAUAGUCUCGUUUUUCCCGCCUGGUCGAACUUGUAGGGGAUUUAACGUUGAAAGGUGUUUUCUGCACGCGAAGUCAAAUGCGAAACCGAUGCAUUUAUAUUUCGUUACUAAAAGCGACUUCGAGCUAGAAGUUAUUUACAAGUACGGCGACGAUCUUCGACAAGACCAACUGAUGUCUCUGCUAAUGACAUUUAUGAAUUCCUGGUGGUUGUCAGACAAUCUAGAUCUUAAAUUCAUAUCAUACGGAGUUUUUCCCUGUACUCCCAAUUCAGGCUUCAUCGAAGUUGUUCCGAAUGCAGUGACUUUGUGUCAACUGCAAACAUUCGCAGGAGGCUUCACGGGCGCCUUAAAUUUGAAUUGCAUAUAUCAAUGGCUGCGUCAGAAGAACCCAGACGCAACUGCUUUCGAUAUUGCUCUGGACAAUUUCACUCUUUCGACUGCUGCCUACUGUGUUGCGACCUACAUACUUGGAGUCUGUGACCGACACAACGACAAUGUCAUGAUUCUUCCCUCGGGACACCUGUUUCACAUUGACUACGGUCGCAUUUUCGGACAUAAUCAGAAGUUUGGACCUGUGAAUCGUGACAGGACUCCGUUUAUUCUGACCAAAGAUAUGUUCUACGCGAUCAAUAGAUCGAACUCGGAUGUGUCUGAGAGUUACUAUGAGUUCGUGAAGACUUGUUGUGCUGCGUAUAAUGUGGUGAGGCGCAAUGCGGAUUUUGUAAUUGCGAUUGUUAGGCACAUGAUCGGAGGAGAGAGGCCGGAAAUAUCAAGGGAGAUUCAGUUUCUAGUGCAGAGGCUACAGCCACAACUGAGUGAAGACGAAGCUACACAGAUGUUCACGCAGAAAAUAAACGAGAGCAUCGACAAGUCAAUGAUCACAAGUUUGAACUUCGUCAUCCACGCACUAGGCCAGACAGGGUUGUCCUCUGCGAAGAACAAGAGGCUAUUUGACUUCACCCUCAACAGAGUCACUCGGGAGGACACGGCAGAGAUACUGAUGGUCAAAGUAGCCGGCGUUCAACACCGUUUUGAUUCGGACAAUGAAAGGUUUCACGUGUACGUCUGUGAAGUGAAUACCGAAGGAAGAGAGACUUACUUCGUGUUCCGAAGAUGGUCCCACUUCCGACAACUGAUGGAUCUCCUCGCAGCCAGGUUCCCGGACUUCUUCCGGGAUCCAAAGAGUCGCCUUAUUCUCAACUUCCAGCAGAUGUUCAGCAAGCAGAGUAGUAGAUUGUCACAUAGACGCACUGCAAUUCAACAGUUUCUCGAUUUCAUUUUUGCGUCUUCGAAGAGCGCGGUGCGAAACAGUGAUGCGAUUUACACGUUUUUUCAAUCCUUACCCGAAGACAAAAGCUUCACGUUGAAUAGCGAAGAUAUAUACUUACACACUAGCCCAUCAAUGAGUUCAAUGCAAUCGGUCCAAACUGGAGGAAAAAUCGAGAUGAAGAUAUCAUGCGACGAUCGAAAAACGCAAGUGAAGGUUUUAAUUAAACGGUGUGUUGACUUAAUGACUCCGAAUUACUCCAAUGAUUUACAGGAAGACAGUCUGAACUCAAACGUGUAUGUGAAGCUUAAGCUGCUACCAGUUGACGAAAAACUGUACAUGAAAACGGACAGCUUCAAGAAGAAAACGGAUAUUAAAAAUUCGAGCAGUCCGAUUUUCAAUCAACUGUUUUCGUUCAAUGUCGGAGGCAACACGUGGGAGAAUUUGUACAUGGAAGUGUCCGUCUGUUAUUACCAGUUUAGUACUGUUAACUCAUCUUGUGUGGGUAAAGUGAACAUUCCACUGAUGAUGUUGCAAGAAAAUGUCCUCGAAGACACUUUUCUACUGUGCUAAUUGUCACUCUAUCAAAUCAAUCAAGAAUUUCUCAAAUUACAUAGCUGUUAAAACUAAUAUACAUCUUUCGUUACUAGCGAAACGCACUGUAGAUGCUCACAUUAGUUCAAUUAGCGAAUUUUUCAAUUGCCAUUGUUAAUAACCUCGAGAUUUUUAUUGUAAAAAGUAGAUUGAAGAAGUAAUUGCUCAAAUCGAUUGUCUUUAAAUUUAAUAUUCUUUUAUCUAGACCGAAUUCAAUAUUGCUUUGCA